AUGGAAGUGUGGGGCAGUGAAGUGAUUGAAUGUUUGUGCACAACUUGUGGUGAUAGACACGACUGGACACGGAGUCGAGUGACUGUUAUGGACAGCCGCACCAAAUCCAUGAGACAAUUGUAUUGUCUUAGAGUUAAUCAGAUUGAUUCGAAAUCAUUGGACACUGAAUUGAAUGCGAUUUUUGAGGCGAAGGUCAACGACCUGGAGAUCCAAAGACUGCGAGAAUUGAGUCCAGAAUUAUUAGCCCUCAUAAAGACAUACAUUUGGGUGAAUACGGUUUGGGGGAAUGGCAUCUCAAUUGGACAGUCAUUACUUGGACUCAAAUACUACGACAUGAGUGACACAAACACUAUUAGACAACACUUGAAUGCAUUACAAAAUGUUGGCCUCGUUUUGGUGGAAAUAGUGGUUCCAUGGCUUAGACAACGAGUGAUCACUGAUAGCAUUAGCCAUACGGUUGACAAAGUGGAUCAGUUGUACAAAUGCGUCCAUUUUAUGAAUGGAUUGGUUUUCUUAUAUUACGGCAAAUAUCGGACUCUUUGGGAACGAGUGCUUCGAUUGGGAACCGGUCUUCAGUCGUCACAACAAAACUGGUCCAAUAAUGAGCUCUAUCUGGAAAUCAUGAAUAGAGAGCUCUUAUGGCAUACUUUCGCUCAGUUAUUGUCGUUUGUAUUGCCGUUAAUAAACUUUUAUCGACUCAGGAAUACAUGUCUGAACACAGUUCGCGGUCUCCUCUUCCCCUCCCGUCCCACCCCUCCAUCCAAUGCCACACAACGAGAGAUACAAGACCUGAAGAAUUGUGUCAUUUGUAACGAGUGGCCAAUCAAUGGACACGAGAUUGGAGUUGGCCUCCAAUGCCCUUCACUGCCCAUCGCCAGCCAUUGCCGUAACCCUCGUCUGGCCGUCAGCGUAACGUGUAAUACCGGUGCCCACGUGUCCACCAUGUCUAAUGUGGCCAACAAACACCACCAGCAGAACCCAAACAAGUACCCCAACAACAUCUCACGUGUCAGUCAUCCCAACCAAAGUAUAAACCCGAGAGGGUCUGUGCCCACAGACAACCACUCACGUCCGGACCACCAGAGGCAGCCAACGUACUCACACGCCGCCAGUCGGGGUUUAUCACAACCGGCACAUCCAUCACAUGAUAGCGUAAUUGGAAAAUCGCAUCCAAACGCUAGUGCUGUUCAACAGGUGGUUCUACCAAACCUAUCAGCACAGGUGCCAAACGUCAACCCUACCGGCCCUCAAAUGCCUGCAUCUGCCGUCGCCAACGCUGGCCCUAAUCACCUCCAAGUGCUUCAGCAACAGAGUGCACCUCAAAUGUUGCCACAAAACAAUCGUUUUAUGUCUCCUUUCCAUCAACAGCACCCACAGCAUCAGCAGCGGCCACAAAGACAUACACUUAUUCAGAAUCACAAUAGAAAUUCAAAUGCUGUCCCUAAUAGUGCCGUGAAUCCGACCGUUCAGCAAAAUAUAGCGCAUACCGGUCCCCAAUAUUUCAUUCUCAAUCCGCAACAGCAGUUCCAACAGAUCCAAACACAGUUCAUACCGCAACACAUGUCUCACUCUUACCAGAGACCACCCCUGCAGAUACAGCAGCCCUACUACAUGUAUGCCCAGCAACACAAUCCCCAACAACAACAGCAACAGUCGUUUCAACCACAGACGACAUAUCCUCAAUACAUGUAUCCGCCGCCGCAUUACCCGCAACCCCCACCCCAUCAAAGCGCUCCAAUGGUGCAGCAGAUGCAGCCCAGAAGUCAACCGGUUUCGGCACCACCUGUCAUACAGGCGAGUGCCCCGCCAUUAACUGUUCAAAUGCCCGGACCUAACACUGAAAUGAAUGAGUCGACGGCACCACCGAUGCCGGCAAAGCCACAAAUGCAUACCAAGCGUACGCGCACUCUAGCCGUUCUCACGGACCCUAAUAGUGGCGAAAACAUAAAUCUCGAAGAAUUGGCCAAAAACCCCAAAGAAGAGUUUAAAAGCCAAACACCGGUCAACCGUAAGACUGAGUCACAUCCCGGAGCUUCCAAUUCUCCCAACGCUGGUGUUGUGACGAGUUCAUCCGAAGCGGACAACAGCAUUGCCCUACAGUUCGCCACAAAAGUGGCCCGAAUGGCAACACAGCCCAUUGCCGGUCAUUCAUCGACUACUGGUGUUCACGAAACAAUUAGUGUUAAUUCGAAGCCAGAAAAGGAAGAACCGGUAGCUAUUAGUCCUAUAAGUAAAGCAACCAUAAGUGAACCGAUGGACAAAUUAAGUGAAAGUGAACCGUUGACUGACAAAUCACAAGUGAUUGAAACGAAUUCUGCAAAUAGUGCUUCUGAUAUGUUUGAUAAAACAGACAGUAAACUAUCAAAUGACAUUUCAGCUCAAAAUUCAAUUGAAAAUAAUAGUCAAAUGAGUGGUGAGAAUGUUGUGCACGAAUUGAGUGAAAACGAAGACAAUAACAGAGAUAUGAAUACUAAAGAAGAGAAUGAAGACAAAGUGGAGACGAAACCCGAAAUAGACAAUAACAGAGAUAUGAAUACUAAAGAAGAGAAUGAAGACAACGUGGAGACGAAACCCGAAAUAGGAGACAAUAAUGACAAACACGACGACAAAGUGGACAAUGCAUGUGAUGUGACGGACAAUGUUGUGCCGGUUAUCGACAAAAUAGAACCGCAACCGAUAUGCGAGCGGUCGUCACCUGUGAUGAUCCCAACCCUUGACAAGGAAUGCACCGAUAAUUUGACCAAAACUAAUGUUUUAUAUACUGAAGCUAUUUGUGAAAAUGAUAUACAAAAUGAAAUGAAUCGAUCAAUUGAUGUGACGCCAGAGGAUGAGUGUCCGGUGCAGACGGAGGAACCCGAAUCAGCCAUACCUUCGCCUAAGACCUCCCUUCCAGAUCUGCCGUAUAAGGACGACCAGUGGACUCCUCUCAAUCCGGACGGCAAAAAGCAUUACGAAAGAGACUUUCUGUAUGCCGUUCGCGAUAAGUCUGUCGAUUCACUCAAAAUGCCUGAAGUGCUCAAUAAUGAUAGGAAUCACGAAAUUAUUCGUAAAAUUAGUAAAGAGUCGAGUGGUCACACGAAUGACGAGCCCUCCAACUACUUUAUGCCUAAUUAUGUGAAGCCUAAUGAUAUGCGCCACCGAGGCAUGGCUCCUCCUGCAUCCCGGCGCUCGAGUCAACCGGGAAGACAGGACACCAAACACCGAAAAAUCAUCUCAACGUCUUUGACACAAGACGUGAAACUCCACACAACAGAGAAUGCGUGGAAACCUCUCAUGAAACCAAACCUUCACGUGUCUGAUCCCGAAGAACUUGAAACUCUGGAACUUCUUAAGAGGAUUCGAGGAAUUCUGAAUAAACUGACGCCACAGAAGUACGACGCCUUAAGCAAUCAGAUUCUGUCCUUCAAAAUAGACACCGAAGACCGACUUAAGAGAGUCUUAGAUCUUGUGUUCGAGAAGGCAGUCGACGAACCGGCCUUUUGUCUCCAAUACGCCAAUCUCUGCAAACAUUUGUCGAAAUUCAAAGUUUUGGUCAAUAAGGAGGAGAACGCCGAAGAAGUGAAGUUUCUGAAACUCCUUCUCAGCAAAUGUCAGAAAGAGUUCGAAACAGACAUUUACGCCUCCAUUACAGACCUGAAGGAACGCCGCGAAGAGAUCGACAACUGUUCGGAUCCGCCGAAGAAGAAAAUGUUGUUCGAAGUGCUCGACGAAGACAUGAGGAGAGCCCGGAAGAGGAGUCUGGGAAACAUAAAACUGAUCGGCGAGUUGUAUAAACUGAAUAUGCUCAAGGCCAACAUCAUGGUCCAGUGCAUCGACAACCUCAUCAAAGAGGCCGACGACGAGUCACUCGAGUGUCUGUGCGCUCUCCUCCGCACAAUUGGCGAACAAAUCGAAACCGAGGCCUCAGAUAAGGCCAAACAAACGCAACUCUUGGACUCGUUUUUCGUGAAAAUGCAGUUAAUUGCCGACCAAAAGGACUCCGACGUGAAGGGCACGUCCGCUCGCGUCCGCUUCAUGUUGAGGGACGUGAACGAUAUGCGCAGAAAUCACUGGAAGGCGCGUAGGGAUGAGAAUCUGCCCAAAAUGAUAGACGAGAUUCACAAAGAGGCCCAAAAAGAGGACGAACAGAUGGUUAAGGAUCUGCAACAACACUCCAUGAACAAGAAACAGGAGGAAAGGGAUCGCAAACAAAAAGGCUUACGACCGGCCAAUGAUUCAACUGAUGGCAAUCAGUGGACAGUUAUAGCUCGCAAGAGUCAGAACGCUACUCAGCCCAACAUUGACUGGCAAAAGAUGCGGACAAUGCAACAACAAAACCACGACAACGUGCAGUUAGGGCCGCAGUCUGGCAGUGCCUGGUCUAUGGGCAGCCGAGGCGGUGGAGGAACUUCUCAGUCCCGGUUUGCCGCUGAAGACAAACAGCUCAAUAGGUUCUCACCGCUCGAAUCCAAUGACAACAGAAAAUCAUCGCAAAAAAUAAUUUCUUCGCGAGACUCAAGUAAAGGCAGAUCUAAUCAGAAUUACGGCCAACAGGGCCGCGGAGGUCGCUCUCAGGGCGGAGGGCGUAGUGGUGAGCGCGAGGACGCCAUGAAUUUGGUGCGAAAUUUCUCUGCGCGUCAGUCCCCGUCUGAGUCUUCGCCCGCCUAUCCAAACAUGAUUUCCCGAAACAGUAGUCGAAGCGAUAGUCGUGAGGCGAGCGCUCCCAACAGUCGGAACAGUUCUAUACGUCGCGACACCCCCGACAUCGAAGUCAAUCAAUUGAGAGGCAGUCAAAGCAUUUCAAAUGAAGACUUGGAGGAGAAGUGUAAGGUCUCCAUCACUGAGUAUUUAAACGUGAAGAGUAUGGAUGAGCCGGUCAUCGACCUCUGCAACCUCUGCAACGACUCCAAUGUCGAGAUCUAUGUCUUGUCUGCAAUCAACUGCUCUCUCGAGAACUCUAGUCAGUCCGACCACUUCCUCAUCGGAAAACUUAUUAAUCACUUAAUUUGCAAACUAUCGCAAAAAAUAAUUUCUUCGCGAGACUCAAGUAAAGGCAGAUCUAAUCAGAAUUACGGCCAACAAGGCCGCGGAGGUCGCUCUCAGGGCGGAGGGCGUAGUGGUGAGCGCGAGGACGCCAUGAAUUUGGUGCGAAAUUUCUCUGCACGUCAGUCGCCGUCUGAGUCUUCGCCCGCCUAUCCAAACAUGAUUUCCCGAAACAGUAGUCGAAGCGAUAGUCGUGAGGCGAGCGCUCCCAACAGUCGGAACAGUUCUAUACGUCGCGACACCCCUGACAUCGAAGUCAAUCAAUUGAGAGGCAGUCAAAGCAUUUCAAAUGAAGACUUGGAGGAGAAGUGUAAGGUCUCCAUCACUGAGUAUUUAAACGUGAAGAGUAUGGAUGAGCCGGUCAUCGACCUGUGCAACCUCUGCAACGACUCCAAUGUCGAGAUCUAUGUCUUGUCUGCAAUCAACUGCUCUCUCGAGAACUCUAGUCAGUCCGACCACUUCCUCAUCGGAAAACUUAUUAAUCACUUAAUUUGCAAACAAUGUAUAAAACUCGAUCACUUCCAUAAGGGUCUGAAUCUUAUACUCGAAAAUUCUGGAGAUGUGGAACUGGAUGUGCCGAAGAUGUGGGACUAUAUCGGCGAGAUAUUGGCCCCCAUUUUUAAACAUUUCAAUGCCUCACAAACAAGUGGUGACCGAUUCACGAGUGCCUUAUUUAGAGCUAUAAUCCAGGGAUGUAUUAUCGCGCCUCAAGACGUGAGAGAGACGACGUUAGACGAGCAUCAGCUCGUGUCGUGCGCUCCCGUUCUCCAGAAAUUUCUCGGCGGAGACGCCGAACACGAACUCCAGGCUCUGAUAGUCCUACAGGAGCUCAUGGAGAAACUGGAACACCCGCCAAACUUACUGUUGAAGAUAUUCCAAUGCCUUUACGACAAUAACGUGAUAUCUCACGACGGGUUCCUCCAGUGGGAGAGGUGUGAGAGUUCGGGCUCUGGGAAGGCGGUGGCUGUCAAGAGUGUGGUCCGGUUCCUGACAUGGCUUCGGGAGAACGAGGACGACGACGAAGACGCAGAACUCACCACUUCUUAGCCAUCAUUAGACAUCAUAAUUAAUGACUGAUUCGAUACGAUAUUAAAGUAAUUAUAAAUAUAUUAUAAAUAUAUAAAUAUAUUGAAAGUUAUUGUCAUCUGAAGAUCGAUUUGUAAUAAAAUAUUUAUAAAUUAAUUUACAAUUAUUUUAGAGUCGUUUCCACGAAAUGAGUGGAGACUUAACUAUAAAUUACAUUCAAACUGAAUAUUGCAUUCAAUUGUCAAAUGUUCGCUAUAUUUUUGCAAUGUUUUGAAUGCAAUUAUCUAUUAUUUAGAACAAUUUGUAUGGGAAC